AUGGGCGGGGUGAGCAAGGGGGUGCAUCUCCGGGGGGGCUUGAACUACCUCCUGAAUGGGUACCACAGCUGGCCCCAGGAUCAAUCUCUCCUGGAGGUGCAAGCCAAGGGAAAUGGGGGUGUGAUCCCGCUGGAGUCGGUGAACUUGAUCGACGCUGGGGAGGGGCUGCGCUUGGCGCCCUGGGAGCGCAGCAAGAGCGUGGCCCGGCUUCUGCAGCGCUUCUGCUCACAGCUGGUCAAACGACAGCAGUGGAGGGUCAAGGUGGCACGACUCACUCGAAACUACCAGCUCGGGCCCAGGAGCUGAAGGAAUACCGCUAUCGUGACCCCACAGGGGAUCCUUUUGCUUUGGUUCAACGCGUUGGCGCUGCUGGAGGGCCUGGGCGCCCAGCUGGCGGUUCCUCAGGCCUCUGGCACCUUGUUGCCACUGCCGGAGGCCGUGUCCAAGGCAGGCGGUGAAGUGGCACGUCUUCUGUCGCCUUCCGUGCAACGCGAAGUGCUUCGGGAGGGACUGGACCCGCAGCCCUACCAUCCCAAAAGAAGCAACCUAGGCCUUCUGGCGGCCAAAGGCCUGGAGUGGCGCGCCCAUUAGCUCACGCUGUGCAGGAGCCCCUUCCCUACCCCGCAAGGCGGGGACCGCCGGUGGCGCUCCCUCCACAUCUACUGCUUUGGCAGCCACAUUGCGCAGGUGCAGAGCCAGCUGCUGGGGCACCUGCAGCGCCUGUCCACCCUCACCGGCCUCUACGUCUUGUGCCAACUCUUCCUGACGCCCCAGCUGUGGUCACAGCUGGCUUAUUUCUCAGGCCUGGGGCUUGGGCUGGUCCAGAGUUAUAUGGAACAAUACCAGCUGGAGGCCGACACGUGA